GACUCGCACCAUCCAACUUCGACACGGCCUGAGAUCCGGUGGAGAAGCCACCUCCCACAGUCCGCCAAUCUGGAGUGGGGUGUUUUAAAGCAUUCCAAUCUCCGCGGUUGCUCAAUGACCAGAUGGUCGUUAGCCUCGGUCUACUCAAGAUGAACCUUGGAGAAGAUGCACUGCCCCUGAUUUCGGUAUGGGGAUUUUCACUGUUCCAACAGGUGUACACGCCUGUCGGAAAGAGGUUAUCUCUCAGUCUUGCCUCCGAAACCAACGUUGAAGAAUGGAUGGCAAAAUAAUAGAGCAGUCUGCACUCAAAUUAAAUCCACCUGUGUGGGUAGACAAAUGCAUGCGCGCUGAUUGGUGGAUAGGACGGAAUCUAUUUAUGGGAGAAGAAAGCCGGCUUCCUGCGUACGGGCUGGGACAGCCAAUCGCGAGAGCAACGAACAUCGGGCAUGUUGCCUCUGCCCCUCAUGCGUCUUCCACGGUCAAUUGUCG